AUGGCUUCCAACGACGUCGAAAAGACGGACAUGGGCUAUGAUGCCAGCAUGCCCACCGAAAAGGUCGAGCGCGGCGACCAGGACCUGCACAUCCGCGGUCUCGAGACGAGCGCCGAGACGUCGCUGCAGCGUGGUCUCAAGGCACGACACAUUACCAUGAUUGCCAUUGGCGGUGCCAUUGGUACAGGUCUGAUUAUCGGUACCGGCAAGGCUCUCGCUCAAGCUGGUCCUGGUUCUGUCUUUAUCUGCUACACCAUCAUUGGUUUCGUCGUCUUCCUCGUCAUGGCUGCUCUUGGUGAGAUGGCUGCUUGGUUGCCCAUGUCUGCUGGUUUCACUGGUUAUGCUUCUCGGUUCUGUGAUCCUUCGCUUGGUUUUGCGCUCGGCUGGACAUACUGGUUCAAAUACAUCAUCGUCACGCCCAACCAAUUGACGGCUGCUGCUCUCGUCAUCCAAUACUGGGUCCCUCGAGAGACGGUCAAUCCAGGUGUAUUCAUCGCCAUCUUCCUGGUCAUCAUCUGCGUCAUCAACUACUUUGGUAUUCGAUUCUUUGGUGAGCUCGAGUUCUGGCUCUCGUCGUUCAAGGUCAUCACCAUCUGCGGCAUCAUCCUCUUCUCCCUGAUCGUCGCCCUCGGCGGCGCCCCUGAUGGUGACCGAAGAGGUUUCCGAUACUGGAACAACCCUGGUGCCUUCAAGCCUUAUAUCAUGGAGGGCGACGCUGGCAAGUUCCUCGGUUUCUGGUCCUGCAUGGUCAACGCCACCUUUGCCUACCUGGGUACCGAGCUCGUCGGUGUCACUGUCGCCGAGGCCCAGAACCCCCGCAAGACCAUCCCCCGCGCCAUCAAGCUCACCUUUUACCGAAUCCUCUUCUUCUACUGCCUCUCGGUCCUCCUCGUCGGCAUGAUCGUCCCCUACAACUCCCCCGAGCUCAAGUUCGCCAACGAGUCCAAGAAGAACAACGCCUCGGCCUCGCCCUUUGUCGUCGCCGCCAAGAUCGCCGGUGUCAGCAGCCUGUCCCACGUCAUCAACGCCUGUAUCUGCGUCUUUGUGUUCUCCGCCUCCAACUCGGAUCUGUACAUUGCCAGCCGUACCCUCUACGGUCUCGCCUCUGACGGUUCUGCCCCUGCCAUCUUCAAGAAGACUGACAAGCACGGCGUGCCCAUCUACGCCCUCGCCAUGUCGGCUUGCUUUGCCCUGCUCGCCUUCAUGAACGUCUCGGACGACUCCACCAAGGUCUUUGGUUACUUUGUUAACCUCACCACCAUCUUUGGUCUCAUGUCCUGGAUCUCCAUCCUCACCACCCACAUCUUCUGGUGCCGAGCCCGCAAGGCCCAGGGUCUCGCCAACGAGGCCCUCCCCUACGUGGCUCCCUUCGGCGCAAAGGGCUCGUACGCCGCGCUGUUUAUGUGCAUCCUCGUCGCCCUGACCAAGAACUACGACGUCUUUGUCGGCGGCAACUUUGGCAAGGAAAAGUACAAGACCUUCAUCACUGGCUACCUGGGCAUUCCCGUGUACCUGAUCCUCAUCUUUGGCCACAAGAUUGUCACCAAGUCGCGCGGCAUCAAGCCCCACGAGGUCGACUUUUACACUGGCAAGGACAUUAUCGACCGUGAGGAGGAAGAGUUCCUGGCCCGCAAGGCGGCUCUCCGCGAGGCCGAGGGAGUUAAGCGCGGCAACUGGUUCUACAAGACUUUUGUCUCUUGGCUGUUCUAG